AUGGGUGACGGUGGCAAUUACGCUGCCGUUCUUCACGGGCCGUACGACGUCAGAAUUGAAAAAUGGUCUACCCCAGAGAUCAACGAUAACGAGGUUCUGGUGAAGAUGGAGUGCGUGGGUAUUUGCGGUUCCGAUAUAAAACUCUACAGCACUGGUACGUGCGGCAUGGACGUGCUCACCGAACCCAUGGUCAUUGGGCAUGAAGGUGCCGGUGUGGUAGUUAAGAUUGGUCCAAAAGUGACGUCAUUGAAAGUGGGAGAUCGCGUGGCCAUCGAGCCUACACAACCCUGCCGCGCCUGCGAGUAUUGCAAGACGGGGCGGUACAACCUGUGCAUUGCUCCAUGCUACUGCUCGUCGAUGGGUGCACCCGGGAACCUUUGUAAAUACUAUAAACAUGUAGCUGACUUCUGCCACAAAAUGCCAGAUAAUAUAAGCAUGGAAGAAGGUGCUGCAGUUCAGCCUCUAGCCAUAGCGAUGCACGCUUGCGCCCGCGCAGGCAUUAAACUUGGCUCCACACUCCUUAUACUGGGCGGUGGGCCUAUUGGUUUACUCUGUGCCAUGACGGCUAAGGCCAUGGGCGCUAGCAAAAUACUUAUAACAGAUGUAGUACAAUCUCGGUUGGACACAGCGCGGGAGUUAGCAGCCGAUUACACCCUACUGGUGAAGCGAGAGUACUCCGAUCAAGACAUGGUGGACAGCAUCGUGGCGAUGCUCGGCACGCAGCCUGAUAUCACCAUCGAUGCCUGCGGGUAUGCGUCUGCGCAGAGAGUCGCUAUGAUGGUAACGAAGACAGCUGGGAUAGUGCUUAUCGUAGGCAUUGGGGAACAUAAAGUCGAAGUGCCGUUAAGCCAGGCGUUGCUGCGAGAGGUUGACAUCAGAGGUUCCUAUAGGAUAGUCAAUACGUACCCACCAGCUUUAGCAGCAGUCUCGACCGGAGCGAUCAAGUUGAACAAAUUUAUAUCCCACCACCUGCCGCUGGCCAGGACCAAGGAGGCGUUAGACCUGGCCAAGAGCGGCACCGCCAUGAAAGUUAUUAUACAUUGUCUUGAGCGUCCUGCACCUCCUUACUAUAGGGACAUAAUGUUGCGGUCAACGAAAUUGACACGUGUGGCACCAUCUUUUUACUGUUAA